CCCGCUUAAAAGGAUGUUUUAAGCAAUCCGCGUCUUCCGCCUGCCCCCACAAGCAAUAACUGACCUACAUCUCUCGCACGAGACUGGCCUGCGCAGGAGCAGGCAAUUAAAGACGACUGAUGUUCUAUUCUAGGAAACCAUCCCCAUCCCAUCCGUCUUCCCGGGUAAUGGGAAUCGGCCACAGAAGUUAAUUAUUAGAGUGAGCACACGGGAGACAACACGCGGGGGAAAGUUCCCUGCCUCGGGAAUUCAUUAACUUACUAGCGAGCAUCGCCCUCUUCACCAAGGCAUUCUCAACCUCCCGCGGACUGGUCGCUACGCGGUUCGUUCACCAGCCGGCCAUCACCGUUUUCGUUGACGACAUCACCUUGGGGUUGUGCAUGGACCACCUUAACCACCCCAACCACACUACUCCUGCGGCACGAGAAGGCCACCUCAAGCGAGUUCAGAUCUGCUCAUGGCUCGGCUACUUGCGCCGGGUGGCCUUUCCGCCAUUCCAACAUUCCACCAUGGCUUCGAAGCCACGUUUUUCACCACUUGUCACAUCGGCCUGUCCAACUUGUGGCUGGGUUCCUCGAAUUCACUACGCACUCACAACCCCGCACCCAUUACCACUGAUCAUAAAGAGUUAG